AUGAAGUUGCCUUUGGUGAAGUGUCUAUGGGUUCCAUUAGUUUUACUACUACUCCGAUUUCAAUACUGGUGCUGUUGUUUGGGGUGUUUAGAAGAGGAGAGAAUUGCUCUCUUGGAAUUCAAGGCUUCUUGCAAUUGGAAUACCUAUUUCAAUGGUGAUCACUUACCAUCCUGGGUUAGUGAUGAGAGAGGGAGUAGUAGUAGUAGUGACUGUUGUUCUUGGGAGAGAGUCCAGUGUAAUGCUACUACAGGACGAAUCAUACAACUCUCCCUUUCUGAUUUAGGUGGAGUUCUUGAAGAAUUUGAUUCUAUGAACAUUGAUGAUGAAUUCGAUUAUCGCAGUAUAUUUCUAAGGAAGAGUGGUUGUUAUCUAAAUGUCACCUUAUUCUCGACCUUCAAAGAACUGCACCACCUCAACUUAUCUAAUAAUGAAUUUAAUGGUUGGACCAAUAAUGAAGGAUUUGAAAGUUUAGUUGGGCUGAGAAAGCUAGAGGUCCUGGACUUGACAUAUAAUAACUUCAACGAUAGUAUCUUCCCAUCCUUGGGUGAACUCAAGUCUCUCAGGACUUUGUCCCUUGGAGAAAAUCAGAUGCCAGGAUCAAUUCAUUUGGAAGAAAUUAUAUCUACCAUGCACAAACUGGAGUCAUUGGAUCUAAGUGGCAAUUUUCUUGAGGACUCUUCACAAACAAAACAAGGCUCCACAAGUUUGAUUGAAAUGGCAAAGCUGAAGGCUUUAUACCUAUAUGGAAACAAUUUUAAAAACAGUAUCCUUUCAUUUAUGGGUACCCUGACAUCCCUUAGGACCCUGUCCCUCGGUGCCAACAAUUUGGAAGGAUCGCUCCAUAUGGAAGAAUUGACUAAUCUGCAAAACUUGCAAUCGUUGGAUUUGAGUGGAAAUAACAUAAAUUGCUCGUCCCAAUCAAUUCAAGAAUUAGCUAAUCUGCAUGACUUGCAGUCGUUGGAUUUGAGUGGAAAUAACUUCAAUUGCUCCUCCCAAGGAAUCCAAGCUUUGUGUAGAAUGAAGAAGCUUCAAGAGUUGCACCUCAGUGGAAACAAUUUUGAAGGGAUCCUUCCUCCAUGUCUCCAAAAUCUGACAUCCCUUAGAAUAUUAGAUUUGUCCCAUAACCAGUUCAGAGGAAACAUCCCAUCAUCUCUCAUAGCCGGCCUCUCAUCUCUUUCACACAUUUUCUUGGGCCACAAUGACUUUGAGGGCACAUUCACAUUCAAAUCCUUUGCUAACAUUCCAAAACUUGAGGUGAUUGACUUUAACAGUGCUGGAAACAAGUUAGAGAUAGAAACUGAACAGCCUUCAUGGAUUCCUCUUUUCCAAUUGAAGGUACUGUUGUUGUCAAAUUCCAAUCUCAACAAGCAAACCAAUGCUAUUCCCAGAUUUCUCUCUAGCCAGUACAACUUGAUAAAAGUUGAUCUUUCCCAUUGCAAUUUAAGUGGUCUGCUCCCACCUUGGUUACUUGAGAACAAUAAAAUGUUGAGAUUUUUAACCUUGAGAAACAACUCACUGAGGGGCCAUUUUCAGUUACCAUCCUAUGUCCACAGUGCUGCAAGAAUCAUAGAUAUUUCCCAUAAUUGCAUUGAUGGAUUGCUUCAAGAGGACACUGGUAACAUUUUUCCUAAUGGGAAAUAUUUGAAUUUAUCGGUGAAUAAUUUUGAGGGUGUGAUUCCUUCAUCAAUUGGUUCUAUGAGCUAUUUGUCUUUUUUAGAUUUGUCUAACAAUAAUUUUUUAGGAGAAAUUCCGAAUCACAUGGCCAUAGGUUGCAGCAAUUUAUUCUUCUUAGGACUUUCGAAUAAUAAAUUGCAUGGCCAAGUUUUUCCUCCGCAUUUUAAUUUUACAAAAUUAUUCAUUUUACAUUUGGAUAACAACUCAUUCUCUGGAAAUAUCUUGAGUGGACUAUCCAAGUGCAACCUAGGGAUAUUAGAUAUUAGUAACAACCAGCUAACAGGUAGAAUUCCUAGUUGGAUAGGUAAUCUUACAUCUUUAAUGGUGCUUAACAUGGGGGGUAACACUUUAGAAGGAAACAUUCCAAUUGAAUUUCAAGUACUUGAGCAGUUGGAAUUUCUUGACCUUUCUCAAAACCAUCUUUCUGGACCCAUAGCAUCAUUGUCGAAUUUAACAAGUUUAGAACGUCUCCAUCUGCAAGGAAAUGGAUUCAUAGGAUCACUAUCAACUGCUCUUGUCAAUAACUCAAUUUUGAAGAUAUUGGACAUAGGAAGAAACAACUUAUGUGGUGGUAUUCCUGAUUGGAUGGGUGCCCUAUCUGGUCUGAGAGUUCUUUUGUUGACAAGAAACCAUUUAAGUGGUACAAUUCCAAAUCAUUUGUGUCAAUUGGAAUGGAUGCAUUUAAUGGAUCUUUCCCACAAUAGCUUGUCAGGAUCAAUACCCAGAUGCUUCAUUAACAUUACAUACGAGAGGAUGACAAAGAUGAGAUCUUUAUCUGAAACUGAAGUCAUUGAUGGGUUUCAGUUUUUUCUUGAUUCUUUGAGUGUUGGUACUGGAAUUGUUGAUUCUGAACUUGUUGCUUAUGCAAAAGAUCAGAUAGAAUUUGUGACAAAAAGUUGGUCUAGGGUAUACAGAGGUGUCAUCCUUGCUUAUAUGUCUGGUAUGGAUCUAUCAUGCAACAAUCUCAUCAAUGAUAUCCCACAUGAAAUAGGAGAUUCAGAUGGACUUCUUGCAUUGAACUUGUCACACAAUCAGCUCUCUGGCUCCAUCCCAAAAACCUUCUCCAACUUAAAGCAAAUUGAAAGCCUUGACCUAUCCUACAAUAAGUUGACAGGAGAAAUCCCUUCAGAAUUUACCACACUCAACACUUUGGAGGUCUUCAUCGUGGCACACAACAACUUAUCUGGUAGGACACCAGAGAUGAAGGGACAAUUUUCAACAUUUGACAACACCAGUUAUGAAGGAAAUCCUUUCCUUUGUGGUCUGCCUUUACCAAAUGCCUGUAACUCAUCCAACGGUGGAGAAUCAACCAGUACAUUUCCAACAGUUUCGAAUGAUAUGGAUAACAAGUAUGACAUUGACAUGAGAGUUUUUGCUGCUAGUUUUACUGGUUCAUAUGUCGUGUGCUUGUUGGCAUUUGCUACUAUUCUCUACAUCAACCCUUAUUGGCGAAGAAUGUUGCUUCAUUUCAUUGAAGAAUGCAUAUACUCAUGUUAUUAUUUUCUCUCUGAUACUUACUAUAAGUUAUGCAUCCAUAUCUACAGAUUUCGUUUGCUUCUUUCGGAAUUAAUUCCUCAUAUAUAA